CGUCGUUUCGCUUCCCCCACACCAGUUUCACGUUCUGCCCCUUCCUGCUUUCGCUCUUUCUGUCAGAGUUCUGGGCAGUAUGCCCGAAGCAAAACCCGAAUUUAUAAUUUCCGCCUACGAAAAACGCAAAGUUGCUUCAAUACCGGCCCCUUUAGAGACCGAUUCCGAUAGCGAUUUUAAUGCCGGAGCAUUCGUGUACGAGUCGAAGAAUACAAAACGACGAAAUAAGCGGGAGAGAACAAGUCGGAAAACUCGGAAAAGGUUACGAGAGAAUGAAGAGGAGUCAGAUGAACCCCUUUAUGAGACAAAAAGGCCCAGAGUGACACGAGUUCAAUACUAUGAUUCAAACCCUCUCUUGGAGUAUUUUGGUCAUGAUGUGGAUCUUCAAUCAGAAUCGGAGGAAGAGGACGCCAAUACGAAAGCUGACCAUGAAGGUGAAGGCAGCGAUAUCCACACAUCGGAGGAGGAAGCACCUUUGAUCUCGAAGGCCACUAUAGGGUUCAACUCACGAGACAUACGUUCUGGUCCUGAAAGUAAGCCUUUGGUGGCAGGGGAAGGGGAAAUGGAACAAUCCGGUGGUUCUUGCACUGAAUCUGAGACGGAAUCCGAAACGGAGCCAGAUUCCGAACCGGAACCGCUACCGCAAACGAACAAGAAAGUAGAGGACCCAGACGUGCCUAUGCGCACUGUCGAUUCAACCAAACAAUCCGUCGGUCAGGAAGACUCUGAAGCAGAAUCUGAAUCAGAGGACGAACCUAACUCGAAGGCCCCUCGUGGAAAACAGAACCCGCGUCCAGGGUUUCCACUAUCUCCCCAACAAUCCCAUCUUGGCCCCUGUGUCCUCGACGCUGAGAAAAACAUCGAGAUCCCCGGCCCUAUUAAUACAUACCUGCGCGAAUAUCAACGUGACGGAGUUAGGUUCUUUUGGAAACAGUAUUGUGAGGGCCGUGGCGGACUCUUGGGUGACGACAUGGGCCUAGGCAAGCAACUCCGUAGUUAUAUUGUAAAGGAGCUAAAAAAACGACUCUUUUCAGGCAAGACAAUACAAGUCAUUUCCUUCCUAUCGGCAAUCAUGCACAAGCAAGGCUUUGAGGCUGAUCAAUUGAGGAGACGUGAACAUGUUUCAAAACUUCAAGAUGGUGAAGCUUGGCGCAAGAGAAGAAUGCUUCCUCCAGCUGACGCAACGUGGCCAACGUGUCUCAUUAUCGCCCCAAGCUCUGUGGUCCCUAAUUGGGAGCGGGAAUUCCAGACGUGGGGGUACUUUGAAGUAGGUGUUUAUGUCGGAAACGAACGCUCCGCUGUUCUGAAGGACUUCAAAAUGGGGAGAUUGGACGUCGUCCUUACCACGUUCGAUAUUGCAAGGGGCGAUAUUGAUCUUCUCGAUACUCUUCCUUGGACAUGUAUUUUCGUCGACGAAGUCCAUCGGUUGAAGAACCCCUCUUCGAAACUGGCUAAGGCUUAUCACCGAUUUGAAUGCUUCCACCGGUUCGGUUUGACUGGGACUGCUAUCCAGAAUUCAUAUAAUGAAAUGUGGACGAUCCUCGACUGGACGAAUCCUGGUCAUGUAGGGACGCUCAAACAGUGGAAAUCUUACGUUACGAAGCCAUUACAAGUUGGUCAAUCCACGUCGUCGUCUGAGGAAGAACGCGCGAAGGCUUUGGAGGUCGCACUAAUCCUGAAGAACAAGCUUCUUCCCCGAUUCUUCCUGCGCAGGAUAAAGGAUAUCAUAAAAGAUCAAUUACCUAAAAAGACCGACCAAGUAGUCUUUUGCCCUCUCGCGAAAGCUCAAUCGCUCGCGUACAAGAGAAUAUUGGACAUGGAGCCGGUUCAUCAGCUCAUACACAAAGACGACCCGUGUUCGUGUGGUUCGAAAAAGCCCACCAAGAAAUGUUGUUACCAAUACAAAGCCUCCGAUCUCUUGCGGUUUAUGUCUAUUCUCAUCAAGUUGUCCAACCACCUAGCUCUGAUAAUGCCCGGAAAGGACGACACCCCAGAGCAGCUGGAACGAAACCGUGCCCUUUCAAAAGUUAUAUUUCCCGAUGGCAAUGCUCCUACGGCGGGAGAAAUCGAGUUACUCCCCCAAUAUUGUGGCAAAUGGCUUGCGUUGAAAUUAUUACUGGCAGAAUGGAAAAAAGACAAGACGAAUAAAGUCUUGAUUUUCACGAAAUCAAAGCGGUUGUUAUAUAUGUUGGAAUAUCAUCUGCAAAGUGAAUCGUAUAAGUCUCUGACUCUUAGUGGCGACACGAAGGCGCAAGAUAGGAUGCCGCUCAUUGACCAGUUCCAUUCUGAUCCCGAAAUUUUUAUUUUUCUCAUCACGACUCUCGCUGGAGGGGUUGGUCUCAACCUAACGGGCGCGAACAAAGUGGUCAUAUUCGGUCGGUGCUUUCUUUUAUUCAGUCUUUUCCAGCUCAAUCCCCACACACGCCUUUUCGAAGAUCCCAACUGGAAUCCAGCGCAUGAUUUGCAGGCGAUGGACAGGGCGUUCCGAUUCGGCCAAACCCGGGAUGUUCACGUCUACCGUCUUUUAGGAGCGGGUGCCUUGGAGGAACUGAUUUAUGCACGCCAAGUGUUAAAACAACAACAGAUGGCGAUUGGGUAUGAUGCUAGUGUGCAAACGCGGUAUUUUACAGGCGUACAAGGAGAUACGAAGAAGAAGGGAGAGUUGUUUGGGUUGAAGAAUAUAUUCAAGCUUCAUGAGAACUCGUCCAGUACGAAGGUGGCGAUUGAGAAAGCACAACUGGCGCAAUUAGAUUGGGCUCUAGCUAACCUUGACUCCAAGACUCGGAAUCUUUCAGCUGAGGAUCGGCAGCUGGUGGAAGCGGAGGCCAAGACCAAAGAUGAUGAUGUUAAUGGGCUUGCAUCGUUGCUCUUUACCGAAGACUCGCCCAAAGGUAACAGCAGUGCUUCUCGGCAGACCGGGGAGGAUAGCAUCGAAAAACUUCUUUCUUCAAUCGGGAUUUCGUACAGUCAUCACAAUGAUCAGAUAUUAGCGGCAAAUCAAAUUGAACAAGAGCGUGCUAAGAAGAUUGUGGAGAAUACUCGACGGGAACGGGUUGCGAGGAAAUCGAAUCAGUCUUCACCCUCGAGGCGUGAUGGGAGAAAGGGCGGUGGGAAAAUAGCCAACACGUCCCCCGGACCGCAAUGGCCACCGAUCCGGAAACAUCAUAAACCUAAGCCUACGCCGGAAGAAAUGUUCGCUAGCAGGCGUAAAGCGUUGAUCAAACUUGGGAUGAUACACUCGAGAGAAGAGUUACCGCAGUUUGCUCAGGAGUUUGCUCAACAGACAACGGAAGAACAGAAGGAGAUAUUGGCAAGAUUGGAUCAGGCUUUGCAGUCUGACUCGGAGGAAUGAACUCGAAAGGGGGUGACAUAGACCCGGGGAGGAAAAUCCUACGAUUCACCCACCGCAGAUACUAAGAAUCCCAACGACGGAUACAUUCGGAGGCGGAAUGAGCGGUGUUCGUUGUUUUUUAGAGCUUACAGUACUUCUGGUGUGAUAGGCUUUGACGGUGCGCUUUGCAAAAUACCCCGUAAAAACCGUGAUGAUUAG